ACAACCCUGCACGCCAGUUGAAGCAGCGAGAAGCUAGCUCAACCACAAUCACACUAUACCGUACGUAGCUGCUAAGGAUUUAGGGGAAUCUGGCUGCAACCCACACCCGACAAAAGGUAGUUCGAAUGACCAAGCACAUCACAAAACGACAACCAAAACCUUCGUUCCCGCCGCCCUCAUGGCAAACGACCCCGCCGUCGCUCUCAACUCCCUCCUGCGAGGCGCCUCCAUCCACGACCAUGCCGAAGCGCUUGAGCUCGCAAGUGCCGCCGUGCGCGCUGCAAAAGGCCGUGGUGCCGCUCUCAUCACGGCCCAACAUACACGCGUGGUUGCACUCCUGAAGCUCGACCGCUUUGCUGAUGCCCUACGCGCCAUUGCCGAGGGCGGCGAUGCCCUCGAGCAGACGUGCACAUUUGAGAAGGCAUAUGCCCUCUACAAGACUGGGGAUUUGGAAGGCGCAGAGGCGACACUAAGGAAUGCUGGUGCUUCGGCGGGGAGGCAUGAGAGGGGCCUGAAGCAUGUUGCCGCCCAGGUCGCUUACCGGGCCGAAAAGUUCGACCGCGCCGCGGCCCUCUACCGUGAGCUAGGAGCCGAUCAGGGCGCUGCCAAAUACGGCGAGGAGAACGACCUGCGCAUUAACCUGUCUGCGACGAACGCACAGCUGGAGUGGCAGGGUAAGGGCUGGGCAGUUCCUCAGGAGCAGAAGCAGCCAGCCAGGGAGGAGUUGGAAGCCUUUGAGACCGCAUACAAUGCAGCCUGUGGUUGCAUCUCGCGUGGGGACUUCGCGAAGGCAGCUGUGUUACUCAAGAGGUCCAGGGAUUUGUGCGAGGCGACCGAAGAACUAAGCGAAGACGAGAAGAAGGCUGAGCUUGUGCCCAUUGUUGUGCAGCAAGCCUAUGUCUACACAAAGCUUGGGAAACUGGACGAGGCUGCGAAUCUCCAAAAUUCCGUCAUAUUAACCGAUAUCUCGGACGAUUCAACCAAGCUUGUUGCUCAGGCUAACUCUCUAGUGCUCCAAGCCGAGCGCAAUCCAUAUAUGGCCCACCGGAUGUCGGAUUCCCUUACGCAAAUUACAGGCAACGACCGUCUCUUUGAAUACCAGAGCUCUAUCCUGCGGCGGAACAAAUACAUCUUUGACCUGCAGAUACAAAAGUUCUCCGGUGUCGAGAGGUCCACCUCCAAAGUCCUCUCUAGAGAUUCCAUUCCGGCUAUCUCCAGUGCCAAAUGCGAUCUCGGAGCCCUGGAAGCCGCGGCUGCUUGCCAGCUGCAGACAGGCCAAGAAGCUCUGCGGCGUCUUCUUCCUUUACUCAAAUCCAGACCAGACGAUGUCGGCCUCAUCCUGACCAUCGUUCAACUCUAUGUCAAAUUGCGAAAUCCCAUCCCAGCCAUCAAUAUUCUUGAGGCCUUUUUCAAGCGCCUCGAGGCUACCGCAACAGACGACCACGCUGAUGUGCGCUUUGCGCCGGGCCUUGUUGCUCUCGCUGUAUCACUUUACCGCACUCAGCGCCGGCAUUCAGCAAUUCGGGACGAACUUGCCAAGGCUGCGGCCCAUUGGCAGAAGAAGACCGGCCCCGACUCCUCUGGCGCCGGCAACUCGCUCCUCCGUGAGGCGGGCAUCGAGCUCCUGCGCUCUUCCCACCCAGCCGACCUUGCAGCCGCAGGGGAAGCCUUCUCACACCUCGUAGCCUCGCAACCCAAUGAUCGCACCGCAAAACUAGGUUUCGUAGCUAGCUUCGCGACAAGCGACUUUGCCAAGGUGCAGCCUUCUCUUGACAUCCUCCCAUCUGUCGAGCAGCUGACGCGGGGCGUCGACGUGGAUGCCCUGCUCGAAGCGGGCGUUGCCGUGCUCCCGGCAGCGACCGGGCCCACUCAGGGCAAGAAGCGCCCUCUCGAGCAAGGCGAGACGGAGAGACAACAACAGCAGCCUGCCGCUAAGAAGCGCCGCAAGAGGAAGCUGCCCAAGUCGUACGAUCCCAACAAGAAGCCAGACCCGGAACGGUGGCUCCCCCUGCGCGACCGCAGCAGUUACCGGCCCAAGGGCAAAAAGGGCAAGAAGCGCGCGGCCGAGGCAACGCAGGGCGGCAUCGUGCGCGAAGAGGAGACGCUCGAGCUCGCUGGAGGCGCUGGAUCCGUCAAGGUGGAGAAGGCGCCUACGGGGGGCGGCGGAGGGGGUGGCAAGAAGAAGAAGAAGGGGAAGAAAUGAACGAGUACAAUACCGACGUAGUUGACCCCUUGGAAAUCAAAUAAGACGUCAAAAACCAAGUCACUUGUUGACUAAUU